AUGUCAAAAGAUCCAUCAUCAGUACCAUCGCCACAAAAAAUCGAUUUUGCACCUUUACAUCGUACAGUUGAAUUAGAAAAUAUUCAUGCACAAGUUAUGAAAAAUGAUUCACAACAACAACAACAACAACAACCGAAAUCUCCAUCAGCACGAAAAGGACUUUCAAGAAAUAUGACUGUUAUUGGUGAUGGAAGUGAUACAGACUACAAUCAACUAACUACACAAGAAUAA